CGGGGGCCUGUGGCUUACUUUCUCUUUCUUCUAAGCAGGAGACGUCUAGGUAAGUAAACUGGCUUUUGUGGCCCUUCCAGAUUACGGCUCCCACACUUCAACUAUGCGAGAAAAUGCCAAAGGCGACACCGGAGGCAGGACCCUUGUGAUUACAUUGAUUCCAUUUGAAUAAUCCAGGACAACCCUCUUAUUUAAGAAUUUGGAUACAUAUCAAGAUGCUCUGAAGAACAGCAACAACCCUUUGGGGAAUAGUCAUUUCAACAUCAUGAUCAAAGACAAAGACUCUAUCACUGGAAGCUUCCAUUUUGUGUACAUUGUGACCUUAAUAGUUGGAACCAUAAUCCAAUUCUCUGAUGAAAGUGAAUUUACAGUAGACAUGUCAAAUAUGAACCUUACUCAUGUCCCAGAAGACCUGCCACCAAAAACCAAAAUCUUAGAUAUGUCUCAGAACAAUAUAUCUGAGCUUCACCUCUCUGACAUGAGCUAUCUCUCAGGACUAAAAAUAUUGAGAAUUUCUCAUAAUAGAAUCUGGUGGCUUGAUUUUAGCAUUUUCAAGUUCAACCAGGAUUUGGAAUAUUUGGAUUUAUCUUACAAUCAGUUACGGAACAUGUCCUGCCAUCUUAUCAGGAGUCUCAAGCAUUUAGACCUCUCAUUCAAUGACUUUCAUGUCCUGCCCAUCUGUAAGGAAUUUGGCAACUUGACACAACUACAAUUCUUAGGUUUAAGUGCUACAAAGUUACGGCAAUUAGAUCUGCUACCAAUUGCUCAUUUGCAUCUAAGUUAUAUCCUUCUGGAUUUACAAGGUUAUUAUGCAAAAGAAAGUGAAAAAGGAAGUCUUCAAAUUCUAGAUACAAAAACACUUCAUCUUGUUUUUCAUCCAAAUCAGUUAUUCUCUGUCCAAGCAAACAUGUUAGUUAAUAAUUUAGGGUGCUUACAACUGACUAAUAUUAAGUUGAAUAAUGACAACUGUCAAGUUUUAAUUCAAUUUUUAUCAGAACUCACCAGAGGUCCAACUUUACUGAAUUUUACUCUCCAACAUGUGAAAACAACUUGGAAAUGCUUGGUUAGAAUUUUUAAAUUUCUUUGGCCCAAACCUGUACAAUAUCUCAAUAUUUAUAAUUUAACAAUAGUUGAAAGCAUUAAUAAGGAAUAUAUUCAUUAUCCUAAAACAGCACUGAAAGCAUUGACAAUAGAGCAUGUUAAAAAUGAAGUUUUUCUUUUUUCACAGACAGCGUUAUACACAAUUUUUUCUGAGAUGAACAUUAUGAUGUUAACCAUAUCAGACACACCUUUUAUACACAUGCUUUGUCCUCCACCAUCAAACACAUUUAAGUUUUUGAACUUUACCCAGAAUGUUUUCACAGAUAGUGUUUUUCAAAGUUGUUCCCACCUAGUUAGAUUGGAAACACUUAUCUUACGAAAGAAUAAAUUGAAAGACCUUUACAAAGUAGGUCUCAUGACGAAGCAUAUGACAUCUUUGGAAAUAUUGGAUGUUAGUGUGAAUUCUUUGGAAUAUGAUAGAUAUGAUGGAAAUUGCACUUGGGUUGGGAGUAUAGUGGUGUUAAAUUUGUCUUCAAAUAUACUUACUGACUCUGUUUUCAGAUGUUUACCUCCCAAGGUCAAGGUGCUUGAUCUUCACGAUAACAGAAUAAGGAGCAUUCCUAAACCAAUCAUGAAGCUAGAAGAUUUGCAAGAACUCAAUGUUGCUUCCAAUUCUUUAGCCCACUUUCCUGACUGUGGUACUUUUAAUAGGCUUUCUGUACUGAUCAUUGACUCUAAUUCAAUUUCCAAUCCAUCAGCUAAUUUCCUCCAGAGCUGCCAUAACAUUAGGUCCAUGAGCGCAGGGAAUAAUCCAUUCCAAUGUACAUGUGAGCUGAGAGAAUUUGUCCAAAGUCUAGGCCAGGUAGCAAGCAAAGUAGUAGAGGGUUGGCCUGAUUCUUAUAAGUGUGACUCUCCAGAAAACUAUAAGGGAACCCUACUGAAGGACUUUCACGUGUCUCCGUUAUCCUGCAACACAACUCUGCUGCUUGUCACCAUUGGGGUCGCUGUGCUAGUGUUCACUGUUACUGUGACUGCGCUCUGUAUCUACUUUGAUCUGCCCUGGUAUCUUAGGAUGGUGUUUCAGUGGACCCAGACCCGGCGCAGGGCAAGAAACACACCCUUAGAAGAACUCCAAAGAACCAUCCAGUUCCAUGCUUUUAUUUCAUACAGUGAACAUGAUUCUGCCUGGGUGAAGAAUGAACUGGUACCCUGCCUAGAAAAAGAAGAACUAAGGAUUUGUCUCCAUGAGAGAAACUUUAUUCCUGGCAAGAGCAUUGUGGAAAAUAUCAUAAACUGCAUUGAGAAAAGUUACAAGUCCAUCUUUGUUCUGUCUCCCAACUUUGUUCAGAGUGAGUGGUGCCAUUAUGAACUGUACUUUGCCCACCACAAUCUCUUUCAUGAAGGAUCUAAUAACUUAAUCUUGAUCUUGCUGGAACCCAUUCCACAGAACUGCAUUCCCAGCAAGUAUCACAAGCUGAGGGCUCUCAUGACGCAGCGGACUUACUUGGAAUGGCCCAAGGAGAAGAGCAAACAUGGACUUUUUUGGGCUAAUAUUAGAGCUGCUUUUAAUAUGAAGUUAACACUAAUUGCUGAAAACAAUAACGCAGAAGCUUCUUAAAAAUCAGGAAAUCCCAUUUAAGAAACCAUCAUUAACUUGGAUUCUGAUGAACAUGAUGGUUUUUUUUUUUUUUAAUUUAUUUAUGAUAGUCACACAGAGAGAGAGAGAGAGAGAGAGAGGCAGAGACACAGGCAGAGGGAGAAGCAGGCUCCAUGCACCGGGAGCCCGACGUGGGAUUCGAUCCCGGGUCUCCAGGAUCGCGCCCUGGGCCAAAGGCAGGCGCUAAACCGCAGCGCCACCCAGGGAUCCCGAACAUGAUGGUUUUAAGUUGCUGUCUAGAUGGUGCCCCUAGUCUCUCUACACAUUCAGUGAAGACUUCAUGAAAACUGUUUCAGCUCAUCUGGGGAGCAAGGCUGGAGGCUGAGGUGGUGCUCAAACCUGUGUAUUACAGGUAGCUCAGUGGCUUCUGGUUCAACCAUUCUGUUUCAAAUGCAAACACCCUUGAGUAAAUGCUUGUUAGAGGACCUUUGCUCUCCCUUCUCCUUUCCCAAAUGGAUUCUGUGUGAGCAGGAGUUUAUGGGACUUCAUGGUGACAAGGAAAGGCUCAACCUCAGAAAUGUACACAAUGGCCCUUGGAGUGUCUUAUGGAGCCUCAUUGGCCUCUAGGUGAACUUUGUCAUCCUGUUCAACUUUGGAGUUUGGGAAAAAAUUAGACCAGUUAUAAAAAAUAAAGAUUUUUUUCUGAGUAUAUUAUUAAAUUUUUGAUCCUGGCACACAAAUAUGUAGUUAACCAGUGGGGACUCAUGAUUUAAUAAUUUAUAUAUAUAAAGGGAAACACAGUUGACCCUUGAACAACAUGGGUUUGAACUGCAUGGAUCCACUUGUACGUGAACUUUUUACAGUACAGUAGAAUAAAUAUAUUUUGUCUUCCUUG